AUGGAUCACGAUGAGAAGUCGACAGCGACCACAAAAGAGGUCAUGGAUGUCUCGACAAGGCGCGCCUCGCACAUGUCUAUCGAAGACCCGCUCUCGCCCGUGUCAACAUCUUCAGACAGCAUCUCAAUAGCGUCAAGACCCUCGCGAUACUCGCAAGAACACCCAUCACAGACGCUAGCUCGACAUCUCUCCCACGCCUCUUCGACGAACGCAGUAGGCGGGGUGGUACCCACUUAUAUUGACCGAUCAUGGACGCACACGACCACAGGAACAGCGAACACUCUGGACCUGGCAUACGAGGUCGACUUCGAGGACGAUGAUCGAGGCAAUCCGCAGAAUUGGUCUCUGCUGUACAAAGGAUUCGUCAUCAUGAUUUUCAGUUACGCCACGACCUGCACAGUGCUUUACUCGACUUCCUACACAUCGGCUAUCCCUGGUAUGAUGGCGGAGUUCGGUAUUGGGGAAAGCGAGGGCAUCUUGGGUGUGACGACGUAUCUGCUAGGUAUGGCCAGCGGAUCGGUCAUUCUGGCUCCACUGUCCGAAAUGUACGGCAGACGGCCUAUAUACCUGAUAGUGAUGGCGCUGUUCGUCGUCUUCGUCAUUCCGUGUGCGGUGGCGCAGAACAUGGCGACUAUCCUGGUGGUGCGGUACUUUGGUGCUUUCUGUGCUGCGGCGAUGAUCUCAAAUGCACCAGGAACGGUCAACGACAUCGUCGACGAGGAGUACAGAGCGCUCGCCUUCAGCGUGUGGUCUAUUGGGCCAAUGAACGGGCCUGUCGUGGGACCAGUCGUGGGAGGCUUCGUUUUCCAAUAUCUGGGCUGGCGCUGGACCAAUUGGGUGGUUGUCAUCGUCGGCGGUAUCGCUUGGGUACUUGUGGCCUUGGUUCCUGAGACGUACGCACCAUCCAUUCUGCGCAAGCGAGCGAAAAAUGUUCGACAAGAAACCGGAGACGAGAGCUGGUGGAGCAGAUACGACGACAAGCAGAGCUUUUUCGAACUGCUCAAAGUCAACAUGUCUCGCCCGUUCAUCCUGACCGUGACCGAGCCGAUCUGUCUGUUCUGGGACGUCUACAUUGCACUCGUGUACGGUGUGCUUUACCUUUGCUUCGUCGCAUAUCCGAUCGUCUUCUCAGACAUGCGAGGGUGGUCACCAGGCUUCUCAGGUCUAGCUUUCACAGGCAUAGGAGUCGGCUCGAUGAUCACCAUCGUCUGCGAGCCGUUGAUCAGGCGACUUAUCAACUCGCAUAAACACGACCCAGAGACCGAUCGUCCGUAUCCCGAAGCCAUGGUCAGCGUCGUAUGCAUUGCAUCGAUUCUCAUCCCUGCUGGUGAGAUCUGGUUCGCUUGGACAUGUACACCAAACGUGCACUGGAUCUGGCCUAUCCUGGCGGGUAUCCCAUUCGGAGCGGGCAAUGCGGGCGUGUUCAUCUACGCCUCGAAUUAUCUUGUUCAAUCGUACGGCAUUUACGCCGCCUCAGCCUUAGCAGGCAACGCCGUCCUUCGAUCGAUCAUGGGUGCAACAUUACCCCUCGCUGGUCCCUCGCUUUACAAAACCCUCGGCGCGAACUGGGCCGGUACACUCCUCGGCAUGCUGGAGGUGCUCUGCAUCCCAAUCCCAUUCCUCUUCUACAAGUACGGACACAAGAUAAGGGAAAAGUCCAAGUUGAUCAGAGAGAUGGCCGACGAUCAGCGCCGUCGGGAGGCGAAGCAGAAAAAGGUCGCCGAUAAGAUGAUGAAGAGAGCCGAGGCCGAAGCUGCCACCGGGGCGGUGAUUGAAACCGGCGCCGCGAUAGAUGAAGGUGUCGAUGUGGAGAAGGGGCUUGAGAGGGAACUUAGGAAGGGUGGGGCUUGA